AUGGGUGGAGCCAUGGAGGUGAUCCGUGCAGUUUGUAUACAGAAAGUGUAUUGUUUGGUACUCCGGUGUACGAGGUAUCAGGGUAAUGUGGUGUCUUGUUUAAAAGAUACACCAAGUGAUGGUGACUGCGAGAGAUCAGUAGCAGCAGCAGCAGUAGCAGCAGAGGCGGCAGCAGCAGAGGCGGCAGCAGCGCGCAGCACGGCGGCAGCAGCGGCAGCAGCAGCAGCAGCAGCAGCAGCAAAGCAGCAGCAGCAAAAGCAGCAGCAGCAGCAGCAGCAAAAGCAGCAGCAGCGGCAGGGCGAUCGGCAGCAGCAGCAGCAGCAGCAGCAGCAACGGUACAAGCAUCAGCAGAAUCAGCAGCAGUACCAGCAGCAGCAGCAGUACCACCACCAGCGGCAGCGGUGCCAGCAGCAGCGGUACCAGCAGCAGCAGUACCAGCAGCAGCAGAAUCAGCGGCAACGAGUACAAGCAUCAGCAGAAUCAGCAGCAGUACCAGCAGCAGCACAGCAGCAGCAGCAGAAGUACCAGCAGCAGUACUAUCACCAGCAGUACCAACAGCAGCAAAAUCAGCAGCAGUACUGCACCACCAGCAGUACCACCAGCGGCAGCAGCAGCAGCAGUGCCAGUGGCAGCAGUAAAACAACAGCAGUACCAGCAGUACUACUGGCAGCAGCAGCAGCAGCAGAGUACCAGCAGCAGUACUAUCACCAGCAGUACCAACAGCAGCAAAAUCGCGCGGCAGUACUACCACCACCAGCAGUACCAGCAGCAGCGGUAAGCAGCAGCAGUACUACCACCAGCAGUACCAGCAGCGGUACCAGCAGUACUACCACGCAGCAGCAGCAGCAGCAGUACUACCACCAGCAGUACCAGCAGCAGCAGUAA